AGAGCUCGAGCGGCAGUCAGAGGCAGGUCGGGAGGGCGAUAGUGCGGUUGUCAGGUAGGGGUAUCGUCCCGCUGUUAUCCUUUCACAGUGAUUAUCGGGGGAUGGGAAGGGUUUCCAUGUCUGUUGUUACCUGAUCAGAAAGCCCUUCAGGUUGACUGCACAGUUGCAUUAUUUCAAUUCGGGCUUGAAGUUUUUAUUAUCAGUUCCGAAAGCGGGGGAAGGAAACAUAAGUGAACCUUCACGGUUUAUUUGAACCCUCUUCUCGUAAAGUCUAUGUGCAAAUGGAAGAAAUAAUAACGUGCUUCUCUUUUUCUCGAAAAAAAAAGAGCUGGGGCUAAUAUCUGACGGUUAGAUUUGACCUUUUCUCCUCAUUCCUGGGCUGGUGACAACCUUGCUGCAGCUGUUACGUUUUUCACACGUUGAUUCGUCCAUCAGAAAGGAUUAUAUGCACCCCCUGGUUGAUUUUUAGGUGCGCUAUUGCAUUCUACUAUUGAGCACAAACAACUAAGUAUCCAGACCAGAAGAAUCGAAUCGGAGGAAGCCAGCAUGGAUUUGUAAUGGUGUGCAGGAAUCUCCUAAAAGGGAACCCAACAUUUGGCGACGAGAGUGGGAUUCCAACAUAUAUGGAACUUGUGGGGGAAUGAAUAAGUGAUCGCCUGUGUGACGGUAACAUGAGACGGAUGGACCCAUGAGGUAAAGCACACCUUCGGACCACCAUCACAAGCGACGGAUCAGAGAUCAGACGACCAGAAUGAACCCCCCCAGACUGCAAAUGGGAGACCUCAUGCUGAUCAAAGACUGGGAUUGCCCCAAGCUCGGACCCAGGUGGAAAGGACCAUUCCAAAUACUCCUUCGGACGCCAACGGCAGUCAAAGUCCGAGGACAGAGUCGCUGGAUCCAUCUGAGUGACUGUAAACGAUGGGGCCCUCAGAUGGCCUAAAGACUACACUCGCACUCUGCGGUAUUAGGCCUGGAGGACAACUUGUUUUAUAAGGCUCAUAUGCAUUUGCAUGAUUUACAAAGUUGUUGUGGAGAUUGGCCUGAUUAUGCACUGGUGCAGAGUGACCUCUUCAGUAUGGACGAUCACUCCACGAAAGAAACUAUUCUUCCCUGCUAUGUCCAUCGGUCCCUUUUCAUAUUGCUCAUACUGAUGACAGUACUGAUGCUGAUUUUAAACUUGCGUAAUAUGAAGUAUGAUAAAUAUUCAAUUUCUGGAUCCGAAUCUAAAUGGAGGAGUUAUCCAACUCCAAAAUUUUAUUCUGCUGUGAGGCAGAAAGUGGAAACCAGGAAUCUCCAUUGGACCGACAGGCUGGUGCAAUGUGGCUACCAGAAUCACAGCUUCACCCCUGAAGAAAGGUCAGAGGGAACACUCAUUAUGAAAAUGAUCGAAUGGCCAAAACCACCCAACUCUUCUGUGCCCUUUCAGAAAAGCAGCAACCCAGCACAUGUUCGCUUUGUAAUUUUAAAUUCUGCAAAGACUUUCUAUGUGGGAGAUCAGUUACAAGUGAUGCUGCAGAUGUAUGAUUUUGAAGGUCACCCAAAGCGAUAUGGAGGUGACUAUCUCCAAGCUCGGAUCCACACCCCAGCUUUAAAAGCUGGUUCAGCAGGAACGGUUAUAGACAAUGAAAAUGGAAUUUACUAUAUCAAUUUUAAUUUAUCUUGGCCGGGGAAAGUUGAAGUUUCUGUUUUAUUAGUUCAUCCCAGUGAAGGGAUACAAGCACUUAAAAGACUACGUGAGGAACGGCCAGAGAGAGUGUAUUUUAAAAGUGCCUUCAAAUACCGGGGUACUUCAGAAACCACUACGUGUAAUCUUAAUUUGCCUCCAUCUAAACCACUCUGUAACUUUACAGAUGUCAGGACUGGGGAGCCCUGGUUCUGUUACAAACCAAAGAAGCUUCCCUGCUCUGCUCGUAUCAACCAUGCUAAAGGAGGCUAUGAGAAAAAUCUCUUAAUUGGGGAAGAGAGGCAUUAUUUCCAAAGUGCAAUCAACAUAAAGAGGCCUAUAUUACCCAGUUCCACAGGUUAUAUAAUGGUGGAGCCUUCACCUCACGCAGCUCCAGCUCUUCGAGAAUGUGUCCGGGGGCAGCCCAUGGUGUCACCAUCUGGUUUUUAUUACGAAGACCAGUGGAUGUCAACAACCUGCAAUAUUCGCUGCUUUGACACGCCAGCAAAAAUUACAGACUGUCUUCAUGGAAAAAAUGUCUUUCUGUUUGGAGAUUCCACUGUUCGUCAGUGGUUUGAAUAUUUGACUGAAUUCAUUCCAGGUCUCAAAAUAUUUGAUCUUCACAAUCCAAAAAAUAUAGGCCCUCAUCUUGCUGUGGAUUUGGAGCAUAACAUCAUGGUAGCAUAUCAUCCUCAUGGCCCACCAAUCCGAUUUAACACCAUUUCGAGCCAGGACCUACACUAUGUUGCAAAUGAACUGGAUGAAAUUAAAGGAGGCAAGGACACGGUCAUAGCCAUCACUUUGUGGUCUCAUUUCAGCACUUUUCCAGUGGAAGUUUAUAUCCGAAGACUACAGAACAUCCGCAGGUCAAUUUUGCAGUUACAAGGGAGGAGUCCAGAUACAGUGGUCGUAUUGAAGACUGCCAAUGUGCAGGCCUUGCCAGGAGAUGUCAGUCUGUAUAACAGUGACUGGUACUCCUACCAGCUUGAUAUCACGAUGAGGAAGAUGUUCACAGGCAUCAGUGUGGCAUUUGUAGAUGCCUGGGAGAUGACACUAGCACAUUACCUGCCACAUAACUUGCACCCUGAGCGAGUCAUUGUAAAAAAUGAAAUAGAUGUAUUUCUUUCUUAUGUGUGUCCUUCUGAAAAUAAAUAGAAAUAAAUUAUGUAUUAGAUCUGUUCUAAACAGAUUUCAGUUAU